AGCACGCAAUUUAUUUGAUAAGAUCUUUUUAGCGGACGUCCGCGUUAAUCUUGAUCCUGAAUGAUAUUCACCUUUUUUUGAUCUUGUUUUCUAUUGCGAGCCAUCAAAGGCGCCAUUUCGGUUUUCGGUGUCACAGAUCGACGGUUUUCUGUCCAAAAUGGUGAUGUCCUCCGUAAAGGAGGGGCUUUCGUUCAUCAAGAAAUGGGGCCCGGUAGGGUUUUGCACGCAUUACGCUGUUUCUUUCACGGCACUGGGCUUGAUUUACUACGCGGUGUACAGCAACCGAGAGCAAUUGCUCAGCUACUUGCCCAGCUACGUGCCGCAACAAGGUUCUUCGGUGCUGUCCUCAGCGAUUUAUUUCAUGCAACUAUAGCUCCGACACCUACGCAUAUGUUAUCACAACUUCUUCGUCUAUCUCUCUACAGGGACAACAUGCUUUUCUUUACACUUACAGAUCUGUGGAUUACAGAUUACACUUACAGAUUGUCCCCUUCAAGGAUACAGAAAUUAUAUCACCCAACAGGUACUGACUUCGUUGUUGCCCUCGCCAUACACAAGCUGAGCCUUCCUGUGAGGGUUCCACUCACCCUCGCCCUGGUCCCAAUUGUACACCGCACACUCGCGAAAACGGGCGUCCUGAAGGCGGUGGAAAAGAUCGUUUCCAAAUCUUCGGCUACCUCGGCCGCUGUGGUAGCAGAUGAAAUGAACGCAGCAGACAGCACUGCGGACAAAAAAACGGACUGAUUUAUCAGGCCUACAAGCAGAC